AUGGUCGGUGUGAGGGCGCUAUCUCUGCUUCUUCUGGUCUGUCGCGGCGUCACCUGCACCGGGACGCGGCGGAUACAGGAGACGCUGGAUGUGUUUGAUCUCAACAGACUGAUCGUCGGUUGGCGGGGAAAUGUGACGUCAGAGUGCGGCGAUGACAUCACAAGUCUCCUGUCUGGUCUGGGCAACGGCACUUUGUGGGCAAAUAAGAUGCUGGACGCCAGCGGAAGGUACUCCUCGCAGUUCCUGUGGGGAAACUCUUACUGGCUUGGUUCUCACACGCUAUGCCAACAGCUCCACUUCGACACCCAGCAGGAGGGCUCCGCUCCACCAUUCCCGGGGACAUACUCUGUGAUCAACCUCAGGAUCAACACCACCGGCCUUACAACUCCACAGGGCCGGGACGUGGUGCUGGGCGUCUGCCUGCCGGCGUCCUGCAACGGGGCCGACGUCUUACAGCUGCUUCAUCUGUCGACGCCAACCACCGUCACGGUGCUUGGAGCCCGCGCCAUUCCCGAUCCUAGCUUUGCGGUGUGGCGAGAACCGGGCUUCUGCAUCCUCGCGGUGGUGAUCGGCUUGGUGACUCUUCUGGUGGUGAUUGGAACGGGGUACGACUUAAUGCUGCAACGUCGUGUGAAGCAGAGAGACACAAAAUCAACAGGGGUUUCAGAGUGUAACGGCAACCACCUCAGUUACACUGCUACCGGGCCUCUGGAAUCACAGGACGUGCCAAAAUCUGAAUUCCAAGACAUCAAACCAAGUCUGGGAAUGCAGACUUUGAUCUGUUUCUCCGCGUGGACUAACCUGCAGAAGAUCUGCGGCACGCGAACAGAAGAUUCGCUUUCCUGCAUCCACGGCCUGAGGGUGUUCAGUCUGCUAUGGGUGAUCGCUGGGCACACCUGCAUGUUCUCCUUCCCUGUCUCCGAUAACAAGGCGUUCCGGCAGCUGGUUGAGAAGGAUUUCUUAUUUCAAUCGAUCAGCAAUGGCGCUUUUUCUGUGGACACUUUCUUCUUUAUCAGCGGCGUCAUGGCGUCCUACCUGUUCUUUAAGAAGUCGGCCAAGAUGCAGAAUAAGGGCGAGGAAUGCGCCGGUGCUAUGAUGAGGACCAACUCCCUGCGCUUCAUCGGCGUCUUUUCGUAUCGUUAUCUCAGGCUGACCCCGCCCUAUCUCUUCGUACUGGCUGUAACGCAGCUCAACGCAAGGUGGUUUUAUCACAACUCCGUGUUCCACAACCCAAUUAUGGUCCGCGACCAGGCUACCUGCCCAGACUACUGGUGGAGGAACGUUCUGUACAUCAAUACUCUCUUCCCAGUCAAGGAUAUGUGCAUGAUCUGGAGCUGGUAUCUGGCUAAUGAUACUCAAUUCUACACACUCGGUGUCAUCCUGCUGCUCCUGUCUGCUAAGUACUUCAAGCUGGCAGUGACAUCAUUGUUCACAUUCCUGAUCAGUUCCUGGUUCACAACGGCCGUGAUCGUCCUCAACAGCCAUCACAGGCCCAGCAUUGAGGAGCCACUGGGUCUGUUUGACGAGAUAUACGACAAGCCUUGGACCCGACUUGGGCCCUAUGUUGUGGGAAUGUGUGCGGGAUGGGUCCUGUGCAAGACAAACUGCACUAUCAAGAUGCAUAAGGCCGUGGCGAUAACGGGCUGGACCCUCUCUAUCGGCAUGACGUUUAUCCUGGUACACGGUUUGUAUGGCGACCUGGACCCCAUCAUGUCCGCCGCUUAUGUCGCCCUCAGCCACACGGCAUGGGCCGUAGCUGUGGCCUGGAUAGUCACUGCCUGCUCCACAGGCAAUGGAGGCUACGUGAACAAGCUGCUCUCCUGCAAGUUCUUCUUCCCGCUGAGCAGGAUCUCCUACUGUGCGUACUUGGUGCAUCCCCUGGUCAUGAUCUCCGUCAUCAUGCAUAUGGAGAGCCCUGUGCAUCUAGGAAGAGCCACCAUGAUCGUCGUCAUAUUCGGCUACUUCAUCAUGUCCUACAUGCUCUCUCUAGUGGUCUCUCUGGGAUUCGAAGCGCCGACCAUCGCUCUUCUCAACAUCCUGCAUCCCAUCAAACGGAAAAUGAAAUGAAAUCUACAAUCCAAAAGAAACAUCAAGACCCGCCCAUCAAAUAACAUAUCGCUGGUGCACCUCCAUGUGAACAUACUGUACAGAGUGAUAAUUUGUAUCGUGGGACAUUUCGUUCUUACAUGGCACCUCGAAAUCAACAUACUAUACAGGGUGAUAACUCAGCGAUACAAAAUGUCACGUUUGUAUCGUGGGGCAUUUUAUUCUUACAUGGCACCUCGAAAUCAACAUACUAUACAGGGUGAUAACUCAGCGAUACAAAAUGUCACGUUUGUAUCGUGGGGCAUUUUAUUCUUACAUGGCACCUCGAAAUCAACAUACUAUACAGGAUGAUAAUUCAGCGAUACAAAAUGUCACAUUUGUAUCGUGGGGCAUUUCGUUCUUACAUGGAACCUCGAAAUCAACAUACUAUACAGAGUGAAAAUUCAGCGAUACAAAAUGUUACAUUUGUAUCGUGGGGCAUUUCGUUUUUACAUGGCACCUCGAAAUCAACAUACUAUACAGGGCGAUGAAACAGCGACACAGAAUGUUAUAUUAGUAUGUAAGGCAUUUCAUUUUUAAACGUAGAAGAUUAAUUUCAUGUCACCGAGGGCUCGGAACAAUCAUGACGUGUAGUUCCGUCCACUUUCUGUGGUACUUGUCAGCAACAGAAAAAAUGUAUGUUGCAUGAGUUCGCUAAGAAAGCUUUGUUGAAAUGUUAAUAUAUCAGUUCUGGUUCAAUGAGUUUUGAUAUUACGCCUCAGAAAUGGAGGUCCCGCGGACCUUAUAUGGGAAUGUGGCAUUGCAAGAUUCUGAUAUCCAAGGAGCGUGGUUCUUAGGCAGUGAUCUCCAGAGAUUAAGAUUCGCUCUUACGGACCCAACUGAGUAGGUUCCACCCAGUCUUUUCAGCCCAAAACUGAGAAUAAAAAGGUUCCUGACAUGAUGUGUUCUUUUAGAAUAUCAGAGGAUGGACUGAAUCCAGAAACGCAGCAAUUCCGACAGUAAAACACCAUCACUGGAACCCUUAGAACUGACGAAUAAGCUCCAAGUUUAAUAGAAGUUACUAUAGGAUUCUGACGAUGGUGUAUAACACACAGAGAUAUUGGGGUUUCGGACU